AUGGUGCGCGUUCCGCUCUUCGCGGCGCUCGCGGUCCUCCUAGUCGCCAGCUGCGCCAGCUUCAGGGCCCAAGCUGGACGCAUCGAGGAACCGACCGACCGACAGCAGGUGAUUAGCUGGCAGCCUCCAAGCUUCUGUCGCGGCAAGGAUUGUCCCGAGUACCAGGUGCAGGAAUCUCGCGACGACGUUGAGCUGCGGCGUUACAAGAAAGCUCACUGGAUCUCCACCAACGUGACUAAUGCUAAAUUCGGCGACGCGUACGACGAGGGCUACAAGCGACUGCAAAAGUACGUGUCUGGCGACAACGUCGACGCCACCAAACUGCCGCAAACGAACCCCUCCUUCAUGAUCCUCUACGUCGCCGAUGCCAAGGCCCAUACCCUGCAGAAUACCUUCACAGUAGAGUACUUCGUGCCCUUCGAGCUGCAGGAUAAGCCCCCCAAGCCCAAUUCCACAGAACUGGCGGUUACCCCGGUUAACGAGCAGGACGUGUGGGUGGUGUCGUUCGGAGGCUUCGCGACGGAGGAUGUGGUCAUUCAACGGGGCUUUGAGUUCAUCGACAACCUGACGGGCGGUGGCAUCGACGUCCACACGGAAUUCAUCGGUCUGGCGCUGUACGACCAACCGGCUCGUCUCGUCAAGCGCCACAACGAGAUAUGGUUGUGGCCGAAAUCGCAGCCGCCGUCGGCUAGCGGGGGCACCGCUGCCAGCAGCACUGUUGACGGUGAGGUCGACAUCGCGAUGCGGUUCAAGCGCAUUUUUGAGGCUGUGGUGAAGCGAAUGAUGAAUGUGGCAGGAAAUGAAAAUUAA